CUGCCCAAACUGCACCAUUGGGCUGAGAUGCCCUGCAAUUUCCCGGUCACCAGGCAGAUCAGGAAUGGCAGCUGUUUGGACAAGAGAGUGCCCUGUCCAAUCCCAAAAGUUUUUAUGAUUUCCAGAUCCUUAUUCAUCAGUUUGACCAGUAUUGUCUCCUGAAGAUUCCAACUCCCAGAAAGGGGAACAUCUGCACCUAAUCCAACGGUUCCCUUUUCUUUCUGCAGAGAUGAAACGAAAGGCUGUGCUGAAGGCUGAGUUUUCCAGAGGAAGCAGUGGCUCAUUGGCAGCCUCUGCUGCAGGAAGGGAGGCGAUGCCAGGCACAGGCCCAGGAGGUGAGGGUGCUGGGAUAGGUUCUCCAGCAGCUGGGAUGGAAGAUGGUUUGGAACCCUUGGGAGCCUCUGCAGGUGUGUCUGCAGGGAGGACUUUUCAAGCUCCAGGUCUGGUUGCUGAACACAAGCCCAGCUCCCAUCGCAGGGGUCCUUUGAGAGGGAGGAAAAAAACUACAAAACAGAGUGAGUCCCUGGAGGAAUCCAACCAAGCAGACCAAAUCUUGACUGGACUGGAGAGACAACGUGAUAUGGACCAAAAAGCUUUACGGAAGGCAGCACUUCCUGGAGGAAACGAUGGCUCAGUGCCAGCCACCGAUGCACAAAGGGAGGAGAUGCCAGACAGUGCCACAGAAGACGUUAUCAAUGAAACAGGAAUAUAUGCCCCGGAUCCAGUGCGCCUCCCAAGAAUUGUCUGCCCCCAGGAUGUGCGCAGGACCUGCAUGAUAGGCACGGUGGUGACAGUGAUCACUGUGCCACUUGUGCUGAUAGGCUGCUAUUUUGGCAUUCGCAAGCUGUACGAGCACAGAGGUGCUUUUUCCCGUUAUUUGAUAUAGUCAGUGAUGGCCUAAUUAUCCCAUGGCUGAAUUAAAAGACUACGCAGAUGCAUACCUGUAUGAAUCCAUUAAAAAAGCUGGAAAGCAGCUCCUGGAGAAGAGGGCAUACAUCUGUUCCCACCCUCUGGACAGGACCUUCUGAUUCCUCCCUGAGAGCAGGCACUCAUGAAUGUCAGUCAGGGAGGAAUUUGCUGCAGUUCCAGAAUGUGGCAUCUUAAAAGCAUCUGCUAUUUAAUGUCUUUUCUGAAUGUAACUGUGUAGAAUAAAAUUUCUUUCUAAUCAAAACUUCAUACAAAAAGGAUAAAAAAAGAGAUUUAUUUUUUUUUAAAGCUGCUCAUUCACUGAGCAA